AUGUCUUGGUUGACCUCCAUUCUACACUUCACAAUCCUCUCCAUUGUUCUAGGAAUGCCUUCUUCUCUACCAAGGAUUCCCCUUCAACUUUCAAACCUUGGCUUAAAGACUUCAUCCAGUCUACAUGGAAGGACAGACUCCCAGAACAUAAAGUACUCUCCCUUUAUCAUGCAGCUCUAUCAAAUCCUGACCAUGAGCACAGUUGUUGACCUUAGUUUUCUUUUAUUGCUUCCAGAUUGCUCUCAACUGACCGAUCACUGGGUGUUAUCUUUUGAUAUGUCUUCUGUCACAAACAACAAUAAAAUACAAUUGGCAGAGUUGAGGAUACAGCCUUCUUCUCCUGAAGGAAUCAGAGAUGUGACCCUUGACAUCUAUAAUAGUAAAGAAGGCAAAGAGAAGAUCUUUUUGGGGUCAAUGAAAGUUGACCUUAGUAGUGAAAGCGGAUCGAGUUUGAAGAUUGUCAAUAUCACUAGAAUGAUGCAAUCCUAUUUCCAUGAAGAAAAACAUUCUAAUAAUCAAAAAGACAUGAAGGCCAAGGAAAUGUCCAAGAAUAAUCAAGAAAACAACUGUACAGAAGUGCCAAUGGAAAAAGUUGUGUUGGUGGUUUUUAUCAAGGACACUCCUUCUGCUAACCUCUAUGGAUACCCGAACCUCAUCCAGACAGUUGAGUCAUCAAAAUAUGUGAUGACCCCAGCUUCUGGUACUAGGAGAUUUAGGAAAGGUAGAAAUGCAAUGCAUGGCAUCAUUAUGGCCAACUUUACCAUCAAACCUAUUGAAGAUGGAAGACCUUUGUGCAGAAGAGUAGACAUGAUUGUAGACUUUGAAAAGAUUGGAUGGGGAGACCAGAUAAUCUAUCCCAAGAAGUUCAAUGCAUACAGAUGUGAAGGAGAGUGUCCGAUCUCCCUGAGCACGAUCUUCAAGCCAACCAACCAUGCUUAUGUUAAGAGUUUGGUAAAAUUUUACCAUCCAGAUAGAGUUGAUUGCUCCUUGUGUAGUCCAGUGAAGAUGAGCCCAUUAUCUUUGCUGAUGUAUGAAGACGGAAAAGUGGUCUUGAAGCACCAUGAAGAUAUGGUUGUUGAAGAAUGUGGAUGUCAUUGA